UCAGACAAUUAUUAUUUUCAGUUGACUCUUCUCUUAAUCGCCGCGCUGUUUAGUUUAGCCAACGCAGGCGGACACGGCGGUGGGCACGAUCACGUAAUAAUCCACGUACCGUACAAGAUCAAGACCAUCAAACACACACACACGAUCACGAAACACAUACACCACGGCGGCGGCGAGGACAAGUACGAAGUACUUGGAUAUACCGUGGGUCAUCCCAUUGACCUCGGGGGACACGGCGGCGGCGGUGGCGGCUUUGGGGGCGGUCAUGAUUUCGGAGGUGGUGGUGGCGGCCACGAUUUAGGAGGUAUCAGCGGCGGACAUGACUUCGGAGGUGGCGGUGGAGGACACGAUUUCGGAGGUGGUGGUUUUGGGGGCGGCGGAGAUUGGUCAGGACAUUAAGAGGAUCCUUCCAAAAAUUAAAAAUUAUCGAUAAUUUUCGAGAAACGUUAAAGAUAGCUUUAAAAUAAUCGAUAUGAUAACCGUGAUCUGAGGCGUAUGGAAUCUUUUAUCUCGAUAAUUUUCUGAAUACGAUAACACUAGUACUUUCAUAUACAAAUUUCAAAUAAAAUUUGUGUUUUUAUUUUAUUGUUCAUUUUAAACAAUAUCGAAUAUGCUG